UCUCUCUCUCUCUCUCUCUCAAAUGGCAUCCUUCAUCAGAUUCUUGUUGUUGUUGUUGUUGAUUUCCAUCUCCGCCGCCGAGCGCCGCCGGCACAAGUGGGUCGGACCCAGCGGCCACAGCGUGAUAGAAGUUGACGUGAAUGGCUCCGGCGAAUUCCUGUCGGUUCAGGCCGCCGUGGAUGCAGUCCCCGAUUACAACACCGUCAACACCCUCAUCAGAAUCAGCCCUGGAUAUUACGUAGAGAAGGUGGUGGUGCCGGCGACGAAGCCGUACAUAACGUUCCAAGGAGGGGGAAGGGAGGUGACGGUGAUAGAAUGGCACGACCGCGCAGGUGACCGUGGUCCCAGCGGCCAGCAGCUGCGUACUUACAGAACCGCUUCGGUCACAGUUUUCGCCAAUUACUUCUCUGCCCGAAACAUCACCUUCAAGAAUACGGCACCGGCGCCGAUGCCCGGAAUGCAAGGGUGGCAAGCGGCGGCGUUCCGGAUUUCCGGCGACAAGGCCUACUUUUCCGGCUGCGGUUUCUACGGAGCUCAAGAUACCCUAUGCGACGACGCCGGCCGCCACUACUUCAAAGAAUGCUACAUCCAAGGAUCCAUAGACUUCAUUUUCGGAAACGGCCGUUCCAUGUACAAGGAUUGCGAGCUGCACUCCAUAGCCACCCGGUUCGGUUCCAUAGCGGCCCAAGAUAGAAACUCGCCGGACGAGAAGACCGGGUUCGCUUUUGUUCGGUGCAAGGUGACCGGUUCUGGGCCUGUGUACGUGGGGCGAGCCAUGGGCCAGUACUCUAGAAUCGUGUACGCGUAUACUUACUUUGAUGACGUGGUGGCCCACGGUGGAUGGGAUGACUGGGACCACGUCAGCAACAAAAACAAGACAGUAUUUUUUGGAGUAUACAACUGCUGGGGCCCAGGAGCGAGUAAAGUGAAGGGAGUAUCAUGGGCCAGGGAGUUGGAGUUUGAGGAGGCCCAUCCUUUUCUUGUGAAGAGCUUUGUCAAUGGCAGGCACUGGAUUGCACCUUCUGAUGCUUAGUUCUUCAUCUUCUACUUCUGCAACACUGAAACACAAUACAUAUUUAUUACAUUUAUUCACCUUCUACUCCCAAAGUCAUUCUUUUGUAAUACCGCCACGUGUAAUUUAAUUUUUUGUUUACUGUUUCCAGUCGA